AUGGCAUUAACUACCAUCGUUGCUGAGUGGGCGUGGGACAGCAGUAAGCUGAGCGCCGUCCGAGAGGGGAAAUAUCUAUGUGAAGUUGACUCCACACCUCCACCCUCCUCCCCCUCCCCUUCUCAAGCCGUAGGGGACACAGACAUAGACUCAUCCCGAGGKAGAAGUUCCGUGGUUGGGUUAGUGCCCAGGGCGGGGAUGGGUGCCACUGGUGAUCUGCUCGAGUCAUUCCUGGCCCAGAAGGAUCGUCUCCUCUACCAGACAAGGGGGGUGGUCCUGCCCUCUGCUCAGCCCCAGGACCUGCUGCCUCUCCUGGGCAGAGGACUGAGCGUGAGGGGCCUGUCUGGAGGUCUCUCUCUGGAUCAGCAGGGUCUGUUGAAGAGGAUAGGAUCCCUAGUCUCACAGCCCCACGACAGUGGACCCCCCCUCCCGUCACAGCCCUCCCAAUCCGACAACAAACCCAUCCCCUCCUCCCAGCCCGGGACACACACAUCCACACACACACCGCUGGGACAGCGAGAUGAGGUCACCGCUAUUGUCAUGGCGACCAUGGCUGCAGACACACCUUCACCAGCUGUGUCUGGCUGUAUGGUGAAUUUCUCCGACCCAGAGGGAUACAUAGACUCUUCUGACGACCCCCCUCUACCAGAUGGAACAUUUCUACACUGUACAUACACUAUCACUGUGUACACAGGCUAUGGAGUCGAGCUACAGGUGAAGAGUGUGAAUCUGUCAGAGGGAGAGCAGCUGUCAAUCAGAGGGGUGGAUGAGGGCGGGGCCUUGCUGGUUCUGGCCAAUCACACACUGCUGGUGGAGGGUCAGGUGAUCCGAAGUCCGACCAAUACCAUCUCAGUAUACUACCGCUCCUUGCCUGAGGGGGGCAUGGGCAUGUUCCAGCUGCACUACCAGAUAUUCCGUCUGAGCUGUGCCCUGCCGAGGAGGCCUCAUUUUGGGGAGGUGUCAGUGCUGGACCUGCUGCCAGGGGGCACUGCCCGCUUCCACUGCCAUAUGGGCUACCACCUGCAGGGGGCAGUGGCGCUCACCUGCCUCAAUGCAUCUCUGCCUGUCUGGAGCAGCAAGGAGCCCAGCUGUAGAGCACUAUGUGGGGGCUCAGUGAAGAAUGCUACAGUAGGGAGGGUCCUGUCUCCCUCUCCCCGCCUGGGGCCCGACGCCACCCAGGACCGUUCCUGCUCCUGGUCCAUGGAGGCCCCCACAGCACAGAGACUACACCUGCACCUGGAGAGACUGGCCCUUGGACCCACCGAAAGGAUGAGGAAGACGACAGCCCUUAAAGAAUCACCUCACCACGAUAAGACCAAGCGGCAAGGGAAUGCUCAACAGAGCAACAAGGACUCCUGGAGUUGGGAGGAGAUCCUGGAUGGUGACCGCCAGAGCCCGUCCAGCCAGGAAGCCUGCCAGAGCUGUCCAGCCAGGACCUGCCAGAGCCGUCCACAGGGCUGGCCAGAGCCGUCCAAGCCAGAGACCUGCCAGAAGCCGUCCAGCCAGGACCUGCCAGCCGCUCCAGCACAGGACCUGCAGAGCCGGUCCAGCCAGGACCUGCCAAGCCGUCCAGGCCAGGACUGCAGUCGGGCCCCAGAGCUCAAGGUCCAGGCCGGAGCAGGACCUGCCAGAGCCGUCCAGCCAGGACCUGCAGAGUCCGUCCAGCCCGGAACCUGCCAGAUUUAUGAUAGAAGCCUCUCCCUUGCCGAAGACGAGGCCAGCGGGUCGGAGUGGAAGGUCACGGUGAGGUCAGGGGUCGUGGACUGUAUCUUGAAGGGCCCGGCUCCGCCCACGUACUGGCCCAGGAUAUGGGUGGUGACUUCAUCACCGUCCAGGAUGGUCAACAUGUCACUGUCACUCAGCUAUGCACUCUCUCCCUUUCUCUCUCUCACUCUCCCCCCCUUCAGUCUGAACCUGAGUGACAGUGACAUGUUGACCAUCCUGGACGGUGAUGAAGUCACCACUCAUAUCCUGGGCCAGUACGUGGGCGGAGCCGGGCCCUUCAAGAUACAGUCCACGACCCCUGACCUCACCGUGACCUUCCACUCCGACCCCGCCGGCCUCGUCUUCGGCAAGGGAGAGGGCUUCAUCAUAAACUACAUGGAGGUGUCCCGUAACGACUCGUGUCCGGACCUCCCAGAGAUCCAGAAUGGCUGGAAGACCACGUCCCAUACUGCCCUGGUGCGGGGUGCUCGCAUCACCUACCAGUGUGACCCAGGCUACGACCUGGUUGGACGAGAGACUCUGACCUGUCAGCUAGACCUCACCUGGAGCACACAUCCCCCCUUCUGCGAGAAGAUAAUGUAUUGUUCAGACCCGGGUCAUGUGGAACACUCUACCAGGUCUCUGUCAGACCCUAAACUCCUGGUGGGGACCACCAUCCAGUACAGCUGCUACCCCGGYUUCAUCAUGCAGGGCGGUGCCACACUCACCUGCUACGGACGAGAGCCUGGCACCCCUGUCUGGACGUCUAAACUACCCCACUGUGUCUCGGAGGAAUCUGUUUCCUGUGAGAACCCUGGUAUCCCUGACAACGGAUACCAGAUCCUGUCCAAGCGCCUCUACCUGCCCAGCGAGUCGCUCACCUUCAUCUGUUACCAAGGCUUCGAACUCAUCGGCGAGGUCGCCAUUAAGUGUAUCCUGGGGAACCCGUCAUUAUGGAGCGGACCACUGCCACUGUGCAGGGCCAACCAUGACUGCUUUGGCAACCAUGCUUUGGAAGUCGUUGAGGCAGCAGCCGGGUCAGGUCUGGACGGUGGCAACAUGGCAUUGGCCAUCUUCAUCCUUGUACUUCUGCUCUCCGUGCUGCUGGGAGGAGCCUACGUCUACAUCACACGGUGUCGCUACCACUCCAACCUGCGGCUGCCGCUCAUCUACCCGCACCCCUACAGUCAGAUCACCGUGGAGAGCGAGUUUGACAACCCACUCUACGAGACAGGAGGGGACAACCGUGAAUAUGAGGUAUCAAUAUGAGGACCAUCUCCACUGUUGGAAUCCCAAAAUGAAGCAUCCGCCCCUCCGACCCAUCCCCCUACCAUUCCUCCUCCUCCUUAGACCCGCCCAGGUGGAAGUUAUGUAAAUACAGACUGACUAUAGUCUUGCCCCUUCCCCCCAUGAUCCCAUGACCCUGUCCUCCAAUCACAGAGAGAGGAAUGAGAGAGAGGGAAGAUGAGUCGGAGAGGCAAUGGGGGACAAGGGAAAGGGGAGGACAGGAGAUACUGUGAAAGGGGGCUGCAGGAUUUGGGGGAUAAAGAGACUGAAGCACUUGUGAAAAGUUGUCUAUUUACUCAUGUGUCUACCAUUAGAGAACAAAUACAGAGACAGGGAGGGAGGGACUAUGUGAAGGAGAGAGAGGGGGAGAGGUGAGGGAGAGAAUGGGAGCGAGAAAGAGGAGUGAAAGAUAGGAGGAAGUGACCUCACAGGAAGUGAGGUCAUUAUCUCUUCCUGGUUGUGCCCCAUCUUCCUGCCUGCAGUCAUUUCUAAGGCCUGGUUUUAGACCAGUUUAUAGUACUGGUUUUACCGUAGUAACUGACCUGUACAAGCUCAACCAACCAUAACAACACCAGAAGAGACCACCACAAGAUGAUGUAUUUAUUUUGAUGUAAAUGUGACGUUUUAUGCGGAUUAAUGAAUGUACAUUUUCAUUUUGAGAAGAAAAGAAGAAAAGAUGUACCAUGCUACUGACUUCCCUAAAUAAAUGGUAAAAAUAAAAAGUAUGAAAGAAUCUUUCUAUUAAAAUAAAA